AAGACGUUGCCAGCCGUACAUGCAGCCGAGCCAGGGGGUCUCAAUAAACGCAGACACACAGGAUGAGAGAGCACAGCCCUUUGGUGUCAGAGAUAGCAGCAGAUUCUCAUAAUGACUCAUCCUUGACAUCUUUUGAAUAACCCCCUGACACAUUUCUGAUCCAAUGUUCAGUCUCACACUCAGAGGGUCCCAGGUCACAUCUAGACUCACUCUCUCCUCCAUGAUGUGGCCAAACUUUUACAUCACUUUAGUUCUCCUGUGCAGUUACUGCCUACUCUGCUCUGUGCUUUCCCAACCAUGCGAUAAUAAAACACAAUAUCUCUGGCCAAUGGACAAUCCAACGUUAUGCUGCAACAUGUGCCCACCAGGUCACUAUAUGUAUAAGCGGAACCCAAACACUUGUCACAUUGAUUGUAAACCCUGUGCUGAUGGUCGGUACUCUGACACCCACACGUUCCAAAUGAGGUGUGACUCUUGUAUAGAUUGCAACAAACCCAAUUUAAACAUGGAGUAUGAGACACCCUGUAGCUCCACUCAAAAUGCUGUGUGCAGGUGUAAAGCCGGCUAUACAUACAAAGACAUAUCCCGCACAUCCUGUACACCAAUAACCAGCCAACAACCCACUUCAUCCACUACAGAAACUGUGGAGUAUAAGCCAUCCUGUAAUAACACCCAUAAUGCCGCAUGCCGAUGUAAAGCUGGUGACUGUCCACCAGUAGCAACCACGAACAGACCCAUUUUGCGUCCAUCUACUUCAGCCAUACAGCCUCAAACAACCUCCACUAAACCCGCCAAACCAAUCAAAGAUACAGUGUGGUUCCUGGUGAUAGUUUUCCUCCUGUGUGCUGGAAUUAUAAUGAUUAUUGCAACAAAGAUUAGCCCUGUUCUGCACUGGAUCAGAUCAAAGCACGGUUACUGUCUGGCCAAUAAACCAAUUCCAGUAGCUGUACAAGUGCCACUGUGCACAGAGGAAGAUGAAGUAUCCAAGCCUGUCCAGGAGAUGUGUGGGAAAUGUGACCAGCCUAUUGAUGUUUGAGUUAAUGACUGAAGAAGCCUUGAGAAUAAAACU